AUGUCGAGAGCUUUGGAUGACGAUGUCAAGAGGGCAAUCAAGCAGGGCGACUAUGAGCAGGUGUUUGGCAGAAUCGCGGAUGCGCUGUCGCAGCAACUGCCGGAAUUGCUAGAGAUUGAGAUGCUGGGACGAAGCCACAUGGCCGAUGGGCAGACGAUACUCCUACAAGAUGGACCGGCAAUAGCGGUGCCGAAGCUACGAUUGGUGCAAGCAUUUCUUUUUGCACGCAGGCUACUUCAAAAACACGUGGAAGAAGGAGUGCGGGAUGGGAUCAAUGGGGAAGGACCUGUGUUGAGAGCGACGGCUGUGAUUCUCUUGAUGGACCCUGAGCAUCUAACCGCUGCCAACACGCGGAAGAGGCUGCUUCAAGACACGAUCAAGGCGGGCAAAGAUGUUGAAUCAAGACUCUACGACGAGCAAUACCUGAUAGACAGCCUUCUUACAAGUCGCCUUCAUCGGCAUACGAAAUCGCCCACGCUGUGGAGUCACCGCCAAUGGCUCAUGCAACACUUCCAAGAUCACGGCCUCGAGAUUGAUGCUACGAACACCAUGAAGAGGGUCAUCUCGGUAGCCGCUGAGCGACAUCCUCGCAACUACUACGCCUGGCUUCACGCGCGGUAUCUGACCAAGGCCGUGUCCGAGACGGCGUCGCGAGAAGACGUCGCGGGCAUGCUGGAAGCGGCGAAGAAAUGGGCCUUGGCUCACCACGAUGACAUCUCCGGGUGGGCAUUCCUCAUGUUCUUCUUGGACCGGCACCCGGAAUACGCUGGGUCAGUUGUUAGCGAGGCGACGAGGCUGGCGGCUUCAUUUCACUGGCGGAAUGAGUCUGUAUGGUACUUUUUUAGAAACAUUGCAGCGAGGCCUUGGUGUGACAGGGAUUGUCGAGAAGGGGUUGAGUCUACGAGGCUGGCGUUGCUGAGCGGCGUUGAGGAGAAGACGGAUGGAGCGAGAUUCUUGGAACAGGCGUCGAGUUGGAUCCAGACAUAUUCCGUACCUGUAUAA